AUGCCUCCUCCCUCCUCCCUCUCUCAACCCUCCAAACGCCGAAAAACAUCAGAAGAUGACACACUGACCGCUCUCCGCGCGCUGGAAACCAAGGUCACCGAUGCCGCGUCCUCCAACUCGUCUUUAAACCCCCUCGCCGACCUUCUAGAGCUCACUGUCAGCUAUGAGGAUCCACAGCUCACCCUGAAAGGGAUCUACGCGAUGUACCGCGUCUUCGUCAUUCUGAUCGACAGCGGGAGGCUCGGACCACAUAGCGAUGAGGAGGCCAAGGUCGUGCGCGAGUGGAUCUCGGACAAGCUGUCGGAAUUCAGUGACUUUCUGUUCGGCCUUUUGAAGGACGAGGAGAUGACGUUGCGGACAUCGUCACUGCAAAUCCUAUUCGCCUUACUGAAACACUUGUCGAGCUCAUUAAGCAAGUCGUCUGCCCAGCUCCAGUUCCAUGUCCCUUUCUUCAAAAAAAUCGUACAGGGCCUUCUCUUGUGCCCGUCAUCCUCUCGGCCAAAGGCUACGGGAAGCAAUGCGAGCAAUGCGAGUAAUAAGAUCCUAGACGCGCAAGUCAGAGACCUGCUCAUGGGGACAUGGUUUAACGUAUAUGACGACGUGCGAUGGUUCUUCUUACGAGAGGCUCAUCCUAUCCUUUUGGCCAACCCUCCUCAAAAACAUCCCCAUGUUCGCGAGAACGUACUUACCAUCCUCGAAAACCUUAAAUCUUUCCCCACCCAGCCAUCGGACCUCAAAGCCUGGUGGGUGACCGAGCUCGGUGCCAAACCUCAAAAAUCCAUAGGCGCAACAGCAGCCGAGGAUGAGUCUGACGAAGAACCUGAUGCAGAUGACUGGCGCGCGUUUUUCAACGAGCCCGACACGUCUUCCAAGUCCUCUGCAAAAUCGACCAUACCUUCGGUUCGCCUAAGCAAACUCACUGUUCACCAAUCCCUCCAUUCGCUUCCUUCGCAUCGUGCGGUGUUCACCCGUCUAUGGCUCACGCUGCUGCCCCAGCUCUCUGAUGGUGACUCUGAGAGCACGCUAUCUAUAAGAGCGUUGAACACGAUGCACCGGGGAGUCAUGCCGCAUCUUACUCGAGCCAUCAUGUUGAUGGACUGGGUGGGCGCGUGUGUGGAUUACGGAGGGGUUGCCGGUCUUCUUGCUUUGAAUACCUUGUUCAUUCUGAUGCAGGAGUAUAAUUUGGAUUAUCCAUCGUUUUACACCCGCUUGUACGCCUUCUUGGAUCGUGAUGUCCUCCAUCUCAAACACAGAGCCCGCUUCUUCCGAUUGGCAGACCUUUUCUUGAGUUCAUCACAUCUUCCUGCUACACUUUUAGCCUCGUUUGUCAAGCGCCUAUCCCGCCUUUCCUUGAACGCCCCACCAUCUAGCAUCGUCAUGAUGGUCCCUUUCACUUACAACGUACUGAAACGCCAUCCUGCUCUCAUGGUCAUGAUCCACCGUGACGAGGACGAGGGCUCCGAAUCCACAGAAGACCCUUUCUUACCCGAUGAAUCCAAUCCCAACCUGACCAACGCCCUCGAUUCGUCUCUGUGGGAGCUUUACUCCCACAAGCGUCAUUAUCACUCUGGAGUGUCGACAUUGGCCUGCAUUUUCGAAGAAGCAUUCACCAAGCCCAACUACCCACUCGAAGACUUCCUAGACCAUACUUACAGCACGCUUUUCGAAGCAGAAACCAAACGUCGUGUAAAGAAAGAGCCAGCCAUGGCUUUGGAAUUGCGCGGAGAUACGUUUGGCAGUUUGGACUCGGCUGCAGCGACAGACGCCAUAGCAUCUCUAUGGACAUUCUCGUAGACCGCUUGUAUCAACAAUCAAAAGCACCUUAGGCCCAUCC